AUCAGAUCCAUUUUUUAUUUCAUGGAACCAAAUCCAACUGACUAAAGAAAUGAUCCAUUUUUUUAAUUAUUUUUUAUAAACACAAGAAACCUGCAUUGCAUUUAUAAUAUAUAUGUGUAUGAAAUUGGUAGCUUCUGAAAACUGAAGGAAGCAAGCAACAAUGGAGAAACAAAUAGCAAUCAUAGGAGCAGGCAUCAGUGGACUUGCUGCCUGUAAAUACACACUUUCAAAGGGUUUCAAACCCAUAGUUUUUGAAGCAAGAAGCAGCAUUGGAGGAGUAUGGGCUAAAACUAUUAAGACUUGUUGUCUCCAAACUCCCAAACAAGACUACCAAUUUUCAGAUUUUCCAUGGCCAGAUUCAGUAAAAGAAGAGUUCCCUACCCAACAGCAGGUCAUGGAUUAUCUCCACUCAUAUGCAAAACACUUUGACCUGCUCAAGCACAUCAAAUUCAAUUCUAAAGUUACAGGCAUUGACUAUAAAGGUCCUUCAGAUGAAGAAUUGGAGUCAUGGACGUUAUGGGGUGGCAAUGGUGAGGCCUUUAGCUCUAGAGGCAAAUGGAAUGUUAGAGUCCAAGAUAACCAAAACCUUUACAGUCAGAAAGAACAGGUAUACCAAGUGGAUUUUGUGAUCCUUUGCACAGGAUGGGCCAGUGAUGUUCCAAAUGUUCCAGAAUUUCCAUGUGGGAAGGGCCCUGAAGUAUUUCAUGGUAAAGUGAUACACUCCAUGGAUUACUAUGACAUGGAUCAUGAAAUUGCUCGUAACUUCCUGAAAGGGAAGCGAGUAACAGUCGUUGGCUUCCAAAAAUCUGCACUCGACAUCGCAAUGGAGUGCGCUACAGAAAAUGGGAUUGAACAUCCGUGCAGAGUUUUAUACAAGACAGCACAUUGGCAUAUCUCUGACGAAUUUCCAUGGGGAGUGCCUUUACCAUUACUAUACCUUAAUCGUUUCUCAGAACUCCUGGUUCAUAAGCCCGGUGAAGGUUUUCUUCUCAGUCUAUUGGCAACAAUCCUUGCUCCUUUGAGAUGGGCGAGUGCUAAAUUUGUUGAAAGCCAUAUCAAGCAUAAGCAUCCCUUGGAAAAAUAUGGAGUGGUACCCAACCAUGGUUUUCUUGAACAAAUUAAUUCUUGUUUGCUCACAACGUUACCAGAAAAAUUUUAUGAUAAAGUUGAAGAAGGAAGCAUCGUACUGACAAACGCUCCAAGAUUCAGCUUCUGUGAAGAAGGCAUUACUCUUGAUGGUCAAACCGAACCUCUAGAAACUGAUAUAGUCAUAUUAGCUACAGGAUUCAGAGGUGAUAAAAAGCUCCAAAACAUUUUUACGUCCAAAUUCUUUCAACACCGCAUAGUUGGGUCCCCUAAUGCAGCACUUCCCCUCUACAGGGAGUGCAUUAAUCCCCGGAUUCCACAACUAGCAGUAAUUGGAUAUUCAGAAAGUCUUUCAAACAUGUUUACUUCAGAGAUAAGAUGCAGAUGGCUGGCAGAGCUUCUUGAUGGAAAAUUCAAGAUGCCCAGCAUAAAAGAAGUGGAAAAAGAUUUGGAAAAUUGGAACAAAUUCAAGAAGAGAUAUGCAGGACCAUAUUACCAUAAAUCAUGCAUUGGGGGUCUUCAUAUUUGGUACAACGAUCAACUUUGCAAGGACAUGGGAUGGAACCCCAAGAGAAAGAAAGGAUUCUUUGCUGAAUUAUUUGAGCCUUACGGACCCCUGGAUUAUGCUUCACCUUGAAAUUGGUUGUCCGAGUCUCAUAAUGCAGCAAGUGGGGCCUGGGCACUCAUAGAAGUGUGAUUCAUGAAAAACUACAGUUCGUUAAUCUAGUUGUUUGGGUCUGCUGUUAUAUAUUUUUGAUAAGAGGUGUAAAUGGUGAUAAGUGAUUUCAUAUGUUAUUGUCACCUACAAUAAAAUGAAUAAACCACAGAAAACUUUGCAUCA